AAAGGUUAAUUUAUCGAACCUUGAAGCAGUCUGUCUCUUCUUGAAGUGAUUACGAAUUGUUCAGGAAAUUGUGUAAUAUGUCUUCACAUGGUAAUAUCAUCUAAAAUAUAUCGAUAAUAAAUUACUAACAUCUAGAGCGAUCACAUCCACCAUGAGCGACAAAACCUCCUAUAGAUAUGAUGACAAUAGCAACAAACUCCUUAAAAAGUCCCAAGAGGCUCCGAUGUUUCCUAUAGCUAUCGGGGUUCUAUCAAUGGCUGUAGCAUAUGGUGCUUACAUGUUCAAAAAUAAAGGAAAAAUGAGCACAAGUGUAUAUUUGAUGCACCUCAGAGUAGGAGCGCAAGGAGCAGCUGUAGGUGCCCUUACCUGCGGGCUGGCAUACACAAUGGUUAAGCAAUACAUAUUCAAAGAAGAGUGAAAAAAAUAGUUUUCUCUAGUGCAUUCAAUGUGGCUGGUCCAUAUUGCUAGAAAUAUUUCGAACUUAGUUGUACAGUAUUUAUCAUUAAAUUAUAUUUUCUUAUCUGUUAUAUGAGCCAAUUCUUUUUUCCAAUGAACAUAACUAUGUGAGCAAUGUGAUUUAAUGUAAGUUUUACCAAUAUAACUAAAAAUGAAUAAUAAUAUAUAAGUAUCUCUCA